UGAAAUCCUCGGCUUGAUUGCUGAGAAUUACCUCCAGACUACACCACCACAGUCUAGCGAAGAGCACAAUCAUUUUAUAACAUACUUGAGAGAAAUGAGGGUGCUCCUUACUGGUGUCUCUAUAGGAAGUUUGUUGAUAACUGUGAAGUGUGAUUCUCUUGAAAGCUUGGAGAGAUUGUGGGAAGAACACUCCUGCGGCCAUUUGGAUAAGAUGGUUCAAGAUUGUUUUGUUACUGAAAAGGUCUUCAAGGAACUGCACCUGGUAGAGCUUAAGCUGAAGACCACAAUGGACAUAGAGGAGUACAAUGCAUGCAAAGUGUACUUUGAAAGAGAUGCACUCAGAGCUCUAAAAAGCUCCUCUGGUAGACAGUUUUCUCAUUCAUCUCUGGAAUCUGGACAGCCUCCUCUUUCUUCAGCCAUUGGAACUCAAGGCAAAGCUCUUCAAGUGAGAAGUCACACUUCGGGUUAG